ACCAGGAGAACCUCAGUCGAUCUUGAUAAGAAGGUACGGGACGCCUAAGUCACAUGUUGGUGAGUCGUCAUGAAAAUUGCGUUGCUUUUCUCCUUCGUGGUCCUGGCGUUUGGCCAGGACGCGUGUGACUUCGGCUGCACUGAUGAAUGGGACCCCGUGUGUGGCAGCGAUGACGUCACGUACUCCAACAUGUGCGAACUCGAACUGGCCGAGUGUUUGAGCGAUGGCGAGAUGACUUUGGCCCAUAAUGGUGAGUGUGGAAGUGAGUGCCCUGAAGAGUGGGUUCCCGUAUGUGGCACUGAUGGUGUCACUCAUGCCAGCCUCUGCUUCCUGGAAUUAGCAUCUGCUCAGGAUAAUGACUUGGAAUUGGCCUACCCAGGCGAGUGCCUCCCACCCAUAGAAAACACCGUGGCACCUUGCGAACCUCCGAUGGCCGACGAGGAAUGUGGCACCCAUGUCUACUCCCCCCUGUGCGAGGUGUCUGGCACUACCUACAGGACCCUUUGUGAUCUAUGCCAAGCUAUGUAUUUGGCACAGGCUGGGGGCGAGAAUAUUAUAUAUGUGGUUGAUCAUCUUGGUCCCUGCGAGGUAUGAGUGCCUAAAUCAAGUGCCACUCAAGGGCCGCCCAAGAGAAUCAGUGUUGUAACUUCAUUUUACAAAUAAAUGAAUUAUAGACAA